AGCGUCUAGAAGUUCACGAAGCUUUCGAGCUCGAAGAAAAGUUACUAUUAAUGUUGUUGGAGAAUACAAAAGAAAAGUUACAAAAAAUUGGUACGGUUCUAACAAUGCUGAAACUCAACCUUUAAAAAAAAACAAAGGUAGACAACAUCAGUCAUUGGUCGCUGAAUGUUUAUGUUCACCUAAUAUUGUGGAUAUUUUGCUGGAGAAAAGUUUCUGGCCUAGUUCUCCUGUAAAUCCAUCUGCAGCAUUUAGCUAUGAGUUGAUGGAUUUGAUGGAAGCCUUGUUCCUAGAUGGAUAUGUUUCUGUGAAAUCAUUCUGUAAAGCAUUCUAUACUAAAUCAAAAGGAGAUGAUUAUAUCAAGAUUGACGCGAUAUAUAAAAUGGUAACUGGUGAAUGUUUUCUGAGCUAUCUUUUGUUUAAAAAUGAUUUAAAAACCUUCAAGCCAAGAUUUCAAAAUUUUCACAAUCUAUCUAUAUGUCCUGCAUGUCCUAAAGAGUCUGGUACAUUAGUUUUAUCCUUUGAUGCAUUGUUUGGAUUGGUGAGAAAGUUUUCAUCAGGGAAAAGUCAUUACGAGCCAGUACUUAAAAAUCUUUACCUGUUGGAUCAAUCUAUUGUUGAUCAAUUUGAUAGUAACUACAACUGUAAACUCUCAGUAGAAGAAUUAAAGUACAUUAUAUUGCCGCAAAAUAUUGACCGCCAUUAUUUGUAUUAUUUUUUGGCAUGA